AAAACACCAUUGUCUGUUCACCCAGUCACCUGUACCAACCCGUGCCCCGUGACUUGGUCAAACUACCCAGGACGUCCUAUAUAAACUUUGCUCGAUCAAUAUUGGUUUCAGAACUUUAGACACACAAACGUGGAGCAAACAGGAAGGAAGACAGAACGCAUCAUCUUAUCAUAGUGCAAGAUCUGAGUCUGCCAGUGCCAGCUGAAGAUUUUAAUGUCUAACGAAAUGAUGAAUCAUCGCUUACGAUAAAGAGUCGCUUGCAGCCACGCGACAGAGUCAAGUAUUGAUUUUUGGUUUGGACCAACCUGCUGAUGCAAGUGACGUUACAAAACAGUUUUGCAGCAUGUUAUAAAACUCUUGAUGAAUAUAAAACUUGAAAUCGCCAAUUGCUCAUCACACAUCACAGCCAAAGCUUGUAUACGACCUAUACUAGACAAAACUCAGUGACACUUGAAAGCGGACUUUUACUUGAUUUGAUGACAAGAAAUGAGGACUUUGAUCCCAACAUCUACUGCUGCAGCAAUGUCUGUCAAGGAUCACAGAGAAGUCAUCAUUGAUCCUACCAAGAACCUCCUCAACGCCAUGCGCACCAAUAGCUUCACCCGUAUCAAGUCCGCGUUGACUGUCCCCGGGAUCCACUUCGGCACCCGGGACUCAGAGCACGACUUCCAGACCUUGCUCAUGCGGGUCUGCCGGCUGGACAUGGCACCUCGCAACCGCCGAGACCUGGCCAAGAUCCUAUUGGAGAAGAGGCGGGUGGACGUCAACGCCAAGGACUCGGACGGCAGGACGGCUUUGACCCACGCCUGCUUGAUGGGAGACACGACGAUGAUCAAACUUCUUGCGGAGGACGAGGAUGUCGAUCCGAACAUCGGGGACCGGGAGGGCGACACGCCGCUGAUGCACGCCUGCCGGGCCGGGCAGGGUGAUGUGGUCGCUGCGCUCAUGACGAACUUUAUAAGGCUGGGACUUCAAGUGGAUGAACCAAACAAUCAAGGCGUAACUCCACUGAUCGAGGCUGCCAGAGGAGGUCACGCAGACAUAUGCCGGCGCCUGGUGACGACGGGCCACGCCGACGUCAACGCUCGGGACGGAAGCACCUUCAACACGGCCCAGGACUACGCCAUCGCCAGCCGGCGCCUCUCCACCCCUGACAUCCUUCUCCUCUCACCCAUAGCUCAGAGGAAACUCCAAGCGAGGAAGAAACGCGAGGCCAUGGGACGCAGCUCCCUGUCUGAACUCAUGAAGCGCGCCUCGUACUAUCCAACCACGGGCUGGCAACAUGAGGAAUCCGGUAACACCGGUACCUUCGUCAUCGAGCACGAGGAAGGGAAACUGAAGCAGCGCAGUCGAGCUGUAAAACCAACCCUCCAUCAGGAACAUUUGCAGCAGCUGAACAGUGCCGUGUUCCAGGUGGCUAAGUACGGGUUGAGUCGCGUCGCUGAGCAGCGUAAGGAAGAAGACGAACAGAACGUUGAUGCCGAAGAAAAGCAGCCGAGACAGCGGAAGAUUUCCCUCUCCUUGCCCGACCUACGCGAGGAAGACCUAGACCACGAUGCCAAAUCCUCAAGCAGCAGAGCGAAUUCCCCGCCCAAGAGUUCCCACCAGGACAACCACCUACGAGUGCCUCAUCGUCCGUCCCCGUCUACGAGCCCCACCCCAAGUCGUAGGAGCACCCCUAGCCCCUCACGGCUCCACCAUCCACAGGCGCAAACCAGCAAAUCACACACCCCUCGUCUGAAGCUACCGCCUGUGGACUCGCCAAACACGAGCCCUGCCUCGGCCAGGCGGAGGGGCAGUGUACCCAACAAAAUGUUCGCGGGUACCAAACCUGCGGUCAAGACCAGCGCAUCUAACCAGACGAGCUUGGGUCUUUCUAGGAGCCCUCCCAAUGACUGGGCGCCCUCUGCCAACAACCAUAACCACACAUCCCACGGACCUGUGCCAGUGGUGCAUAUAGUCACACCCAAUAAGAAUGUACAGUCCAGAACAAGGCUUUCAUGGGAGGGCAAACCUUCGUCAGCGGUUCCUUCUUACUUGUUUAGAUAACAGGGAUACAUAAUAAUCACUGUCUAAGAACUUUGAAGGGGUGUCAUUCAAGUAAUUUCAGUGAAAGGAAAAUUGAGUGGACACGAUCUGAUUAGGAGUUGAUACGAGUUGCAUAACAGCCGAACUCUCAGUUUCUUAUAUCUUAGUUUUGAAUGGGAACAUGAAAAUCAAAGUAGGCUUGUCUAUUCAAGCUAAACCUGACUCGGUCUGUCAGAAAAAACUUGGCUGGCCCCUUGGAGUAAUAAUGGACUUAAGAUUCGCCAGACGAUGUGGAAAAUGACUGAAAAUAAUUCGAAAAGUCGGGUGAUUUUGUAAUCCCGAUGCAUUGCAUUGUAUUUAUGAUGAAUUUUAAAUUAUGGCAUUUGUUUCUGUAAUUGUAUUAAUUUAAUUGGGUAUAACCCGUAUCAUUAAUUUAUGUAUAAAUAUUUUAAUUCAACGAAACGGAAUCAGCAAAUUACUGUGAAUAAUGCAACAUUUGCAUUUUUUUUUACCACAUGAUCUCGGACGUCACUCGAGAUUGAUCAAACACAGACGCUUUAAACAUUAUUGCUCUUUUUAUAAAGCUUUUUAUUUGAAACUUUUGGGUGGACAAAAUAGAUUGUUCUUUUACAACAAAAAUACCGCUUCAGCAAUAUGACUUAAAUGAUGUGAAACAAAAAGUCACUUUGGCUACAGCAAUUUAAAAAGAAACGGUACUGAAAAACCACAGAUGAAAUAAAAAGAAAUGCAAGGCCUCAGUCAACACAUGCGAAUUAAAAUGUUGGGGAAAUGUGGACAUUUUAGAUUACAUCUUCGACAAAGACCUUAUUUAAAAAUCAAUAUUUCCAUAAAAAUACUUUGCCAAAUUGAGCAUUAACAUUGAAUAAAGUACGUUUUCCCGUGUUAAUUAAGAUGUAGUCUUCAUUGGCUCUUCGUUAUUUCAGGGAUGCUAACUGUUUUAAUAUUUUUUGAAAAUUCGUUUGUCAUUAGUUCACACCAAUUGGGAAAUCACUCCCCAUUUUAUUUGAAGGAGUAACUGUAUUACUUCUGUUUGUGAGAUUUCUUCAAACUAUAACCAUCUUGGAUACUUCCGAAGGGUAUUUAGAAGAAGAAAAAAAAGGAGAGAUAGUCCUUGCACUAAAUUAUAUGUUAAUAUAUUACCAAUUGUCAAGCCAUUACACAUCAGACAAAAUAAACGCUUCAGUGAAGUUAAUCAAGUUACUAUAAAUUGUGAAAAGGCAACGUCAUUAACUUUCCCAUAUUGUAUUUACUUCAAAUUUUAUAUUUGAUGAACAGAGAGUUUGCCAAGUCACUCCCCCCCCCCC